UUUUUUUCCAAUUGAUCAGUUUUAUUGAUUUCUUAGGAUUUAAAACUUUUCCAGAGCUACAUGUAUAAUUCAUAAGCGAGAUUCAGAAUUAGCGGCCGACGACAGAAGCUAUAACAGACGACAGCGGAUCAGUGGGGGUGACUACGGUCCUAAAAUGUCCCUCCUAAAUCUCCUUACAUCGACUGUGAUAUUUUACUUCCUUUUCCAACCAGGUUUCACAGCUGCUCCAAGUACACUAACUCCCAGUGUUGCUGUCAAAGCUGCCUACUCAUCUGUUACUGACCUGUAUAUUGGGUCAAAGGUCGAGUUCACCCUAACCGUGGGAUUUCCCGGGGGGACUACCUCGGGAGUAGUGGUGGAGAUCCUGCCCUCCACGAACGUGACGGUGAUGGCGGUCGGGGAAGUGACCAUGACUAGAGGCAGCAAUCUGGAUAUCGACCCCAACAUGAAGAUGGUGUACCACCCAACCGAGGACUCUAAAGACACUGCCUUUAAAAUCUAUACCCGAGGUGUGUACAAUUUUUCUGACGUAUUUAACUCGGAAACUUCUGGUACGGACGCGGAUAACGAUCUUGUGAUUGACUACGAGGCCUUUGUCGUGUCGUUGGACGGGAUCACAGAUGGCGCCACUCACUGGGUCAGCGCGGGAAUUGAGUACAACAACAGCUACAACGUGUGGAUUGGUCAGGUGUCCUACAUCAUGAGAUCCGCCACCAACCCUCCUGUAUCGAAGACACCCGUAUAUAACUUGACUAGCCCCUCCAGUGCCACCACUCUGAACAAAGGGGAGACUUUGAGGGUGGUGUUUGAGACGUGGAUGCCGUAUCCCAGCCCUGAUAUUGCAGCGGAGGCCAUUAAUCUCCACAGCGACACUGCCAACAGAGACGUCCAGGUGGUGUCAUUGGUUGUCAAGUCAGUGGGUCGAAACUUCGACGGAACAACAGAAGCGCCACAGGUAGAUUUAGAGAAAACGACGUCGUCGGCAGUUUUAUGUAACUCUAGCUGGACGGGGUCAAGACGUGUUCGACUGGUUCUACCAACAACUCUCACAAAUAAAGAGUCACGCUCGGCGUCUCCCGCCAACUCCACGAUCGACGACCGGAUCGAAUUCGAGGCUGUUAUAUUGAUGACAGAAGAUGCAGUGGAAGGCGAUGAAUAUCCGAUCGGGUUCGGAAUUGAAGUAGACACGGCGGAAGUUUGGGUCUCCUACUUCAACCUUACAGCAGGCCCAGCUAGUGGAUCCCAACCGAGUAUGUCGAUGGCGAUUACUGGUGUUAACAGUACAGCCUGUGUCAGUGCUGUGACGGAUUUCAUUGUCAACAUCACCACAGUAGAAACAGGAAUUACAGUUUUCUCUCUAACAGUGGAAGUGGUUGAAAACACCGCCCGUCCUGCUGGGGUAAUGGUGGCGCACAUGGAGGUCACCGAAAGCGGACAAAAUAUACUUUGCUCAGAAACAAAUUUGACAAGAGAGAGCACAACCGCCAACACCGCAGUGGAGAACUCCGCCACAAUGACCUUUAACAUCAGUAAUUUUGGGACAAUGAGUCAUAUUGGUGGAAAUAACACGAUUGCGGUAAAGGUUUAUUUGGUGCCGUUACCAGGAUUCGUGUUAACUGGACAGAAACAUACAAUUAAAGUCGGGCUCAGCGGUCAUACAACUUUGAAUGAUAACACAAAUGAACUGGACAUUGUGUGCGAAAAUCCGCCAGAUGCACCUGUCGACUUUUCCUUUAACUUCUUCCACAACUGCACCAAAAACUGUCUAACGAGGGGAUCUGUGUUCGAAUUCUUCCUGGACAUCACCACAGAGAAGAACAAGAAUCCAGGUCAGGUGAACGUGGAGCUGGCUGUGCCCACCAAUGACAGCGAGUCUUUCUUUGUCAUCUGUGGCUACGACAUACAGAGGAUCGGAUCCAACCUGAAGUGUAUCAACAACGCUACAAUCAUGGAAGCCACCAACACGACAGUUUUGUCGGAUGGAACGUACUCCAAAGUAAACGUUGUUUUUCCGGUGAUGUGUAAUCUUGGAAUCGUAAACGACACAGAAGAAGACAAGGUCCGGAUUCGGUUGACAGUCAAAAUCCGGAAUGACACAUCCGUGGACUCGAGUCGGGACGAGUGGUUCGGUCUGGGAUCUCGAUACAGCACAACUCAAGUGUGGGUCGGGCAGUACAAGAUCUGCAUCCGGGCACCAGACUACUACGCAGAUCUCGCUAAGAUCCAUGGUGUGGCUAUUGACUCCUCUGAUUUAGAAGAUGGCGGCGUCUUUCCAGGAGUGCGGGGAAUCGAAUACAGCUUUGACGGCGUGGAGUUUAAGGACAAACCAGUAACUUUCACGCCUGAUGGUGGCAAUGCCUCCGUUUACAAUUUCGACAAACCUUUCAUCACAAGCUACGUGGGAUUAACAAACCUGCACAACAAGUCAUGCGAACAAAGCUGUUAUGUCAACCAUGAGAUGGUUGUCACUAAACUUGACGGGUACCUUGAUAUCUUUAACGACGAGUCAGGGAACCUGAAGUCCAAAAUUCCGUAUGCACUGGACGGAGAUACGGGCACCUGUUUUGAUCUUCCCGUACAAGGUGAAACUCCGCCAUUGUUCUGGACGCGGAUGAAUACAUCUGUAGUCCUUGGAAUAAACGCCUCACAGUUUGAUAUCGUCAUAUCAGGUGAAGGAAUAUCGUGCGCAAGACACUCAAACAACAGGGUGCUACAGGUGACUACUCCCGCGUCGUUACAGGUUUCCUACCCAGAAUCCAGUUCUGUCGGCAAAUUCCAUGGCAACAUUCAAUUCUGCAACCUGACAGCUGACAAUGCAGUACCUAACAGUUUCUCCACAUGUGGCUUCCGGUGCAGCUGUCCUGACGCCCCGCACUGCGAGGAGGUCAUUGUGUUUUUAGCCAAUAAUGAGAAUGGGGCCAACUGGAAGUUGUGCGAGAUCGCAGCAACAAAUUACUGAUCAACCAAUCAGGAAUCCCACCAAUCAGGACUCGCUGUUCUGAUCAUGUGACACCGUCCAUUUACUAAUUAAAGUAGUUUUUUAUCUUGAAUCUAACGAGAUUUAGGUUUAUUCUUAAAUAGAAGUGCAAGAGACAUUGUUUUAAAUAUCAAUUGACUUUUAAGAAAUAAAAGUCACGUUUAAUAUAUGUAAACACAACGACUCUUUGCCUGGUGCCAUUUAUAUUUUGUAGUUGACACAUUUUGAAACAUAUCUGCUGUUUUGAUAAAGAGUAAAGUUGUGUUUGACUUUGUAUAUCAAAUACAAUAUAAUAUUGAUGCAGAAUGUAUUUAGACUUCAAGUUUUGAAAUGUGUAGAUAUGUUUUGCAAUAUGGUUGAGAUUGCUUCCGAUCUAGUCUAGCUGGCCAGCCUAGCGAGACGUCAGUUGCAGUCAGAUGAUCCUGUUUAACAUUGUGAUAUGAGAUAAUGACUGUAUACUGAUAUUUUACCGAGUAGCGUUCUAUUGCUAACUUUUGAUCACUCAACCUUUGUCUGUUUUCACAUUAAUAAUAACAUAGAGAUUUAUCCGUAUUUCCAUUAUGUCAGUUUUUUAUUGACAUUUUGUAUCCAAGAACUUUAAAUUCUAAAACUUUGAGCAAUAUUUACUGCAAUAGUGAUUUAUUCUAGUGAGGUUUGAGAAAGUUAUUGGGGAAUGAUAUGGAGGUUGAAAACGUGUUAACACUGAGCUCAGUGAUAUUCUUUCGUGGGGAGGACCUUAAUUCGUGGCUCUCCUCUCACGAAACCAUCCAUAAUUACCACGCGAAAAUUUAUGACUUCUCAGUGAAUUUUUAUGUGUGAAAUGUGUUUUCUUGUUGCUGUAUUAUAAUUCAUGUGUACAUGUAUGUGAUAUUUUUUUAAUAAUCUACUGUUAAUAUACUGUUCAGCUGUUUUAUAAGACUGAUUUUUAUGCUGCACAUUAUGCUUGUAUAUUCUCAAAUCCCAUUUUGCUUCUAUUUGAAUUUCAUAAUACUCGUAUAUCUGAAGAACCCAGUUAAAUCCUUCUCUGUAUAAAGAUAUACAUUAAAUUAUUUUCAGUAUUUUUGUACAAUAAAUAUAAAUGAGAGCGUUUUAUUUCUUCAAAUAUAUAAUUAUACAUUUUUCCCCCUUUAAAUUCAAUAGUUGAUUUCUGAGGAAUAUAGUUCGAGCAGUAAUUUACCCGAAUUUUUAAUAUGAAUUACUAAUAAGAAUGGUAAUGUAUAAGAAUUAUUGAUCAUGUUAAUGGAUAUCAGGGUUAUAAAGCCUUUAUUACGAUAAUAAUAAUUUGAUGUUAGGAUAUAUGUCUGUUGACUAUUCCGUAUGUCUACCUGUAGAUGUCAAAUAUCUGGGACAAUUAAUACAAGUCAACUUUAACCUGCUUAACCAAUUAUAAAUUAACAAUGAUUCACAUUAUAGAAGUUAGGUGUCAUGCAUUCAAUUAACCAUCGAUCCAUUUAAGUAAUAUUCUUAACAGAUCAAAUCAAUAUAUAUGUAAUAAAUGUUUUCUUAGGAGUUAUUUAUGAAGCAGUAUUUUAUACACGAUACCGAAGUACGACUUGAUUCCAAUUUGGUUGGUAGAAUCAAUUUUUUCAAUGUUCAUACAAAGAGCAUGCGCAGAAAUUUGCUAUUUAUUUCAGUGGUGUGUAAUAGAAUAUGCUUAUUGUACGUAUUUUCGGUUUAUUUUUUUAUAAGCUGGAAAGAGUAUCUCUAUUUUACUAAUCUCUCUGAAUUUAUUAGCGUUGUGCUGUUAUUAUCAUUAUUUUUUUUUAAUUGCAAUCAUUUUUAGAUCAACCCAGGACCUCCCUCUAUUACAGUAUUUGUAAAUGUUGUUGUUGCAGAUUUUGUUAUUUGAAUAAAUUUAUAUUAUGUUA